AUGAGCGGCGCGGCCGGUAAUGACCGCACCAGAGGCACCCAUCUGCUGGCCAGGAAUUGGGAUUGGGCGGCCCUGGGCGAUGCAAUCGUUGUCGAUGUCGGCGGUGGCAUUGGCGCUCAGAGCAAAACGCUAGCGCGCACUUUUCCGCGCCUGAACUUCAUCAUCCAAGACCGGCCGGACACGCUCUGCAGAGCUACCGUGGAGGACCUCCCCCCGGACGUGGGAUCCCGCAUCCACUUCCUCGUGCACGACAUGUACACCCCGCAGCCCCAACUCAACGCAGCCGUCUACCUCAUCCGGCGCGUCAUGAUGGACAAGUCGGACGCAGAGUGCGUCAAAAUCCUGCGAUGUCUCCGCCCGGCUUUGAAACGCGGCGCCCACGUCCUCGUCCAGGACCCGUACCUCCCGAAAUCCGGAGUGAGUCCGGUGUGGCAGGAGAGGACGUUGCGCAACCUCGACCUGCAAAUUUUAGCCCUUCAUCCCGUCAAUGCGAGGGAGCCGGAGGCUUGGCCGGCGAUUUUCGAGCAGGCGGGGCCGGGGUUUGAAUUCAAGGGCGUGAAGCUCGUGCCGAAUACUGAUAUGUCGAUUGCGGAGGCUGUUUGGCGGGGUGAGUGA